GAAUGUAAUGAUCAGAAGCGCAGGCUUAUAAACAUUGUAUAAACAAAUUACAUUAUAGUGUCCUCUUUCCCACAGCCCCAAAUUUGCUUUUAAAUAGGGAUGUCAUAAAAUGUAAACGUGGGCUGGUUGCUGAGCAAUCAACAUGUAGUCAUGUGACUGUGGGGGGUGGACAUCAGAACUUUGUAACCGGGUCAUAAUUCGACUGGGGGAGGUCUAUUAUAUCACUGAAGGGUUGCUAAGUGACCAGUCAAGGGCUAUCUGUAUGGUUGGCAGUUAGACCCAAUUUACAGAAGUCUGUGAUUCAAUCUUAUGUCCUGUUUCACCAGAGCUGAUAUCCUGAAUCACCAGACUCUCCAACAACUCGGAAAACGCGUAAGAGAAUGAGCGUUCUGCUAAUUGAAGCUUUUUAUGGAGGUUCACAUAAGCAGCUCAUGGACCUUCUUCAAGAAGAAAUAGGAGAAUGCGUCCUUUUUACUCUUCCAGCGAAGAAAUGGCAUUGGAGGGCAAGGACUGCAGCUGUGUACUUUAUGCAGAAUGUACCAGCCAGUGCUGAUUACAGGAUCCUCUUUGCAAGCUCAGUGCUUAACCUGACUGAACUGGUCGCCCUUCGGCCUGACCUUGGCAAAUUGAAAAAGAUCCUUUACUUCCAUGAGAACCAAUUGACAUAUCCUGUCCAGAAAUGUCAGGAAAGGGACUUCCAAUAUGGAUAUAACCAGAUUCUUUCAUGUUUGGUUGCUGACCUUGUGGUGUUCAACUCUAUCUACAAUAUGGAAUCCUUUCUAACAUCAAUUGGGAAAUUUAUGAAGCUGAUUCCUGAUCACAGGCCUAGACAUCUGGAAAAGCUAAUCAGGCCAAAAUGCCAGGUCCUUUACUUUCCAAUAAAGUUCCCAGAUGUGAGCAGGUUUAUACUAAAAAACACACUGCCCCACACUGCAGAAGCCCUGGAUGCUAAAGGAAUUGGAGCUACAUCUUUGCUUUUUGAGAUGCCUUUUCAAGAACAGAAGCGUGAAGCUGCAAAUAUCAUCAAUGUCCACAAUUUAGACCAAACACCUGGACACCAAAAAGUGGAGUCUGGAUUUUGUUGCUCCUGGCCAGAGAAACAGCACCUUUGUCAAGAAGAAGAGAGCGAACAUGCCACUCCUCUUGAUCACAGUUUGGGCAGCUUGAAACAUCAGCAGAGGCCUUUGCACAUUGUUUGGCCUCACAGAUGGGAACACGAUAAAGAUCCUGAAAGCUUCUUUAAAGUGCUGAUGAAAUUGAAAAAGAUGGAACUGAAUUUUCAUGUCUCUGUCCUUGGAGAAGCCUUCAGGGAUGUUCCAGAUAUAUUUUCAGAGGCCAAAAAGACAUUGGAAUCAUCAGUCUUACACUGGGGCUACUUACCCAGCAGGGAUGACUAUUUCCAAGUUCUGUGCAUGGCUGAUGUGGUCAUCUCCACAGCUAAGCAUGAAUUCUUUGGUGUGGCAAUGAUAGAAGCGGUGCAUUGUGGCUGUUACCCCCUCUGUCCGAAUUCUUUGGUCUAUCCAGAAAUAUUUCCAGCUGAAUAUCUGUAUUCUACACCUGAACAGCUUAUUAAAAGGCUUCAGAAUUUUUGCAAGAGACCAGAGAUUAUAAGGAAACAUCUUUAUAAGGGUGAAACAUCUCAGUUUUCUUGGGCAGCACUCCAUGGUAAAUUCAGGUCUCUCCUCACAGCAGAGCCCAGAGAAGAUUUGUGACAGAUGGGGCGAAGUCACAAACUUGCAGCCGAAAGCAAAAACGGGGGGGGGGGAACUUUCCAGUGUGUGUGUGUGUGUCCAUAUUUACCUGAUCCGAGCGAAAGAGGAAAAGUUGCAGAGGAAGCUCAACCUGGCUGCUUGUCAUAGCUGACACAGAGCCAUCUGCCACAAACCUGUGGCAGCUUCAGAUCUCCGAUCCCUGCCACCACUCCGGCUCAAAUUAAAUGCAGAUUCCCAGAGACGUUACGAUGGUUACACAUGUCCUCGGCAUCACAGGCAGGAGACUGAAAAAAUAAAUGUGGCCUGUUGUUUAACUCUGCUCAUGUAUCCCAUAUGUGAUGCCACAUUGAAUUUCCGGUGGAAUUUGUUUGUAUCCUUUGUACUGGAUGACACGGAGCCUGUGUGCUUUCUCUUGGCCGACGAGAUGGCAGCCAAGAUUGCAACUUCAAACAUUUGCUGCUUGGCCAGCUUUCUACCUAGACUGCCAGGUUAUCCUUGCAGCCUCGUUGCGUCCUCCAAGGGCCACAGGGUCUCGAAGGAGGACCGGUGCUCCCUGUCCAACCCACCCACCCUGACUAAUUGGGCAGAUCUCUAGGAAUUAUGGCGAGGUGGAGGCUGCUUUUUUUUGCACUUCUUCCCACCAUCUCUUCCUCCUCUUCUCCCCCUUCCUCCUUUUGCAAAUUAAUGACUCCAUGGUACUGGUGCUUUUAAGUGGAGGUAUUAAUAAGGGGGUCUGGCAGGUGAUCCAUGAUUCCCAGAGUUGCAUUUGCAUUUAAUUAAUCUUAAAGAAAGCUGGAAGAUAAACAGCUGUAAUUCAAACUAGCAUGGGAAAUAUGCUAUAUGGUGCCAUCUAUCCAAUGAAAUAAAAGGUUGGAGACUUGCUUUAUUUCCUGUCAAGCCCGGUGAACAGGCAGACAUCAGAAUUGUUCCAUGGGGGCAGAAUUCAAGGAUUUGUGUGCUUCCCCCCCCCUUCCUAUUUUGUUAUUAAGUAGAAGGGAUGGGAAUGAGAAAUUUGUACUUCCACAAAUGGGAGCUUUUCAUUAUAAAUAGAUUGUACAAUGAUGGAGCAACUGCAUUUGUUGAUGUUAGAUGCUCCAAAAUUUCAAAUGUGCUAUAUCUAUUUUUUAAUAAAGUACCCCUUGAUGUUUU